GCUCGUUCCACAUGCGGACAGCGAACACCGCAUUUGACGUACGCGAGAGCUGCAGCAGAUAAACGCGAUUGGUGCCCAUGAGAACGGUGGUGAUUCCGCAAUACACAGGCGGAGCGGACAACGGGACCAAAGCUGCGACUUAACCACAUGUUUAAAUCAUCUAUUUGGACAGGUUUAUUCUGGAAUUCGCCGUUUUAAAAGAAGACGAGGCUAUUAUAACAUCCAAAUUAAGUCUGGGAUACUGACGUGAAUUAAUAAUUCAAGGUCCAACGGCAAAGCUAGCAGCACAACCGGCGAAUUCAAGCUGAGCCAAAGGAGCCCAACAGUUAGCUAGCUUUAGCAUGUUAGCUAUCUGUUAGCUCAGUCGCUGCUAAUAUUAAUUCGUCCGCUCUUGCCAGGCACCUGCACCCGCGCCGUCCUGGGUUAAAUAAAUUAAGUUGGUAAGAGUCAGCACUGUCGGCAGGCGUUUUGAUAUUUUUAAAUAUUUUUAUUUUAAAUUACGGGGUGACACCAAAAGAGCACAGACCCGUGACAGGCUGAGGUUGAAACAAGCGGUGUCCUCAAGUGGCUGCUCACCAUGGACAACGCACACACAAAGACGGUCGAAGAGGUUUACAGCUUUUUCAACGUGAAUGAAAGCACAGGUCUGAGUUUAGAGCAAGUGAAGAAACAACGGGAACGCUAUGGACCAAACGAAUUGCCAGCUGAGGAGGGUAAAUCCCUCUGGGAACUGGUGAUUGAACAGUUUGAAGAUUUGCUUGUGAGGAUCCUUUUACUGGCUGCCUGCAUAUCCUUUGCACUGGCCUGGUUUGAAGAGGGAGAAGAAACAAUUACAGCCUUUGUGGAGCCUUUUGUUAUCCUACUUAUUCUCAUAGCAAAUGCAAUUGUUGGAGUCUGGCAGGAGAGAAAUGCAGAAAAUGCCAUUGAAGCACUAAAGGAGUAUGAGCCAGAGAUGGGGAAGGUGUACCGCCAGGAUAGGAAGAGUGUCCAGAGAAUCAAGGCUCGGGACAUUGUACCUGGUGAUGUUGUGGAGGUGGCAGUUGGUGAUAAAGUGCCGGCAGACAUCAGACUGUGUUCUAUCAAGUCAACCACACUGAGGGUAGACCAAUCAAUUCUAACAGGAGAGUCCGUGUCUGUGAUCAAACACACCGACCCGGUGCCUGACCCACGCGCUGUCAACCAGGACAAGAAGAACAUGCUCUUUUCUGUGAGUGACAUUGCAGCUGGUAAGGCUAUUGGUGUUGUGGUGGCCGCAGGGGGUAACACAGAGAUCGGCAAAAUCCGAGAUGAGAUGGCAUCAACAGAGCAGGAGCGCACACCACUGCAGCAGAAGCUGGAUGAGUUUGGACAGCAACACAUUUCUCAGGGAUCACUUGUCAUUUCACUUAUCUGCAUCGCUGUGUGGAUUAUCAAUAUUGGGCAUUUCAAUGAUCCUGUCCAUGGAGGCUCCUGGAUCCGAGGCGCUGUCUACUACUUUAAGAUUGCUGUGGCUCUUGCAGUUGCUGCUAUUCCAGAGGGUCUACCUGCUGUCAUCACUACUUGUCUAGCUUUAGGUACACGCCGCAUGGCCAAGAAGAAUGCCAUUGUCCGUAGCUUGCCUUCUGUGGAGACCCUUGGCUGUACAUCUGUCAUCUGCUCUGACAAGACUGGCACGCUGACCACCAAUCAGAUGUCUGUGUGCAGAAUGUUUAUCAUUGACCGAGCAGAGGGUGAUCACUGUUCCUUAAAGGAGUUUGCUAUUACUGGAUCCACAUAUGCCCCAGAUGGAGAAGUAUUCCAUGAUGGUAAACCAGUCAGAUGUUCCCAGUACGAUGCCCUGGUGGAGCUGGCCUCCAUCUGUGCUCUCUGUAAUGAUUCCUCAUUGGACUAUAAUGAGACCAAAGGUGCGUAUGAAAAGGUGGGUGAGGCCACAGAGACGGCUCUCUCGUGCCUGGUGGAGAAGAUGAAUGUGUUUGAUACAAAUGUUAAAAGCCUCUCCAAGAUUGAGCGAGCCAACGCCUGUAAUUCAGUGAUCAAGCAGCUGAUGAAGAAAGAGUUUACUCUGGAGUUUUCCCGAGACAGGAAGUCCAUGUCUGUGUACUGCACUCCUAAUAAAGCUCACUCCUCUGCUGGCAAGAUGUUUGUAAAGGGAGCCCCCGAGGGAGUGAUUGAUCGGUGCACACAUAUCCGUGUAGGCAGUAACAAGGUUCCUUUGACCCCUGGGAUCAAGGAAAAACUAAUGUCUGUGAUCAGAGAAUAUGGAACUGGGAGGGACACCCUGCGCUGUCUGGCUCUGGCCACCCGAGACAACCCCUUGAACAAAGAUGAACUGGUGUUGGAGGACUCGACCCGCUUUGUUGAGUAUGAGACUGAUUUGACAUUUGUUGGAUGUGUGGGCAUGCUGGAUCCACCCAGAGCAGAGGUGGCAGCCUCUAUUAGACUCUGCCGUCUUGCAGGCAUCCGAGUAAUUAUGAUCACUGGAGACAACAAGGGGACAGCAGUGGCUAUCUGCAGACGGAUUGGUAUUUUUGGAGAGGAUGAUGACGUCUCCAAGAUGGCUUUCACUGGCCGAGAGUUUGAUGAUCUGUCACCUGCUGCACAAAGAGAAGCUGUGGUCAAGGCCCGCUGCUAUGCCCGUGUUGAGCCUUCACAUAAAUCCAAGAUUGUUGAAUAUCUGCAGUCCUAUGAUGAGAUUACAGCUAUGACUGGUGAUGGUGUAAACGAUGCUCCUGCUCUAAAGAAGGCUGAGAUCGGCAUUGCCAUGGGCUCAGGCACAGCGGUGGCCAAGACCGCCUCUGAGAUGGUGCUGGCUGAUGACAACUUUGCCACCAUUGUAGCUGCAGUUGAGGAAGGAAGAGCCAUUUAUAACAACAUGAAACAGUUCAUUAGAUAUCUCAUCUCUUCAAAUGUGGGCGAAGUUGUGUGUAUCUUCUUGACUGCUGCUCUGGGAUUCCCUGAAGCUCUCAUCCCUGUUCAGCUGCUUUGGGUCAACCUGGUGACUGAUGGUUUGCCUGCCACUGCCUUAGGCUUCAACCCACCAGACCUGGACAUCAUGAACAAACCCCCACGCAAUGCCCGUGAGCCCCUCAUCUCUGGAUGGCUCUUCUUCAGAUACCUAGCCAUUGGAUGUUAUGUUGGUGCUGCCACUGUUGGUGCUGCUGCCUGGUGGUUUGUUGCUGCUGAGGAUGGUCCAAAGAUCAGCUUUUACCAACUGAGCCACUUCCUACAGUGUGGUCCAGAGAAUCCAGACUUCCAGAAUAUGGACUGUAAGAUUUUUGAGUCCCCAUACCCUAUGACCAUGGCCCUGUCUGUGCUGGUCACCAUUGAGAUGUGCAAUGCCCUGAACAGUGUGUCAGAGAACCAGUCCCUGCUGCGUAUGCCUCCCUGGGAGAACGUGUGGCUGCUGGGAGCCAUCUGCCUUUCCAUGUCCCUUCACUUCCUCAUCCUCUAUGUGGAGCCUCUUCCAAUCAUCUUUCAGAUCACCCCUUUGAAUCUGACACAGUGGCUGAUGGUGCUCAAGUUCUCGCUGCCUGUCAUUCUACUAGACGAGAUGCUCAAGUUUGCAGCCAGGAACUACCUGGAGCCUGGUAAAGAUCUGGAGAAGCGUGUGUCUGCAUGUAUGGAGGGCAUCUCCUGGCCCUUUGUGGCCAUUGCCCUCCCCUUGGUCCUCUGGAUUUACAGCUGCGACACUAACAUGACCGACAUGUUUUGGUCCUGACUGACUUGAGCACAACUUCAACUUUUCCAUUCCACCACCACCAUCACUUCUCUCUUCCUCUCCCUCCUCCCUCUCUGCCUUCCUACAUGUGCAUAGUUAGUGUGUGUGCGUUUGUAGACUUAGUGUGUGUGCACCUGUGCAUUCCUCUUGUGUGUACGAGAAGGACCAACAUUAGCACAUGAAACGUAACAAAUACUGUUAUACAAUGUUAUAACCUUGGAGUCUCCCAUUGUCAGUCAGGAUAGGAGGUGUGAAUGGGUGAGGCUUUAAAUACGAGUGUUAAGAGAUCAUCACUCCCCUAGCUGUGGAAUUGUUGCUGGUUUAAAAGAAAACAUACUGUUGCCUUUUUUUUUAUGUCAAUACUGCCAUUAAGGUUUGUUUUUAACGGUUUUGGGAAUAUCAUUUGUCUCAUAUUACUACCUUAACAACAGUAAAUUUUGUUGAAGUUUCCCUCCUUAUGAAAAGGAAAUUUAAAAUAUCUGAAGUCCAUUAAGUUGUACAGAGAAUGAACACUAUUUUAUGCAACUUUUUUAUGGCUUUGUAAAUUGUUUGACCAGCGUGGCUUAAACACACCACCUUGAUUUAUUUUUCAAAUGUUUACCAUUGUGUCUUCAGUAUAAACUCAGAACUCUUUCAGAGAGGACAACCUCCGUGUGGCAGACUACGACGGGUGAAAGGUUUGGGAGUGAACGUUGAAUGCUGAAAAGAAAAAAAAAAAUCCUGAAAAACAAAAGCCGCAUGUCCUGUGACCAAGCAUGAACUCUGUGUGGUUUAGCAUUUCUAAUUUAAUUGUAUAUGUUCCCCCCCAUGUUAGAGUAUAAAAUAACUUCAUGGAUGUGUUUUUUUUACUAUAAGGAUUGAAAAUAAGCCAGUUUUCUGCACUGGGCAGAGCACAGCUACCUCAAUAUCAUAAGUUUUUGUUUUUUUGUUUUGCUCAUCUCGAGAUGCUUUUCCUCAACGGUCUUGCUAAAACAUAACAUCUGAGGUGUGCCCCUAUUUGCUUGUGCAGAAAAAGGAAAAAAAAAUUCUUCCCUUUAACAUUUUUUAAGGACAUAUUAGGUUUGUAUUGAAUUUUGAUUAACUUUAUUUGUGCUUUGCUUUAGAGACAGAACUGGUUGGGGGUGAUUUAUUAUAACCAUCUCCAUGGCAUUUGAUUCAAAGGACAGUAAUACUGAGUAAAGAAAAUACUAAUACAAGUACUCCGAAUCAACUUGGAUUGCCAAGAAGUAUCCAAAUUGUUGUUACUUCAAGGACAAAUACACACUCUUGAACCCUUUGAA